UGAGCGCGCACCGGGAGCGCGCUUAACGGAGAGCUUUUGACACUCGAUCAGAGUAGGAGCUUCACUCACAAAACGGAGCCCGGUUAGUCUGUCCUGCCGCGCUAGUUGUGUCAAAGCGAGACAGUCCCUUACCUUCUGUCCGGCAAACUAGGAUACAUCGUAAACCGUAUUUCAUUUCUUCCUCAAAAACCCGUCCCCGUUCGAACCAGCAGCAAGAACUGUGCUCGAAGAAACAUCUUUACCGCCACACUCCGUCCAUCUCGCCAAACGGCUCAGGAAUACAAAGUUUUAUCACUUUUAACCGCCUCUUCGAGACUGAACGCCUAUCAUUUGUUUUUCUUUAAAGACAUCUGGAGUUUUUCGGCUUUUCAACGACUUUGGCUUGGAUGUAGGCUACACGCAGGCGUCUUUCCUUCGCGCCGUUUCCUCAGUGGUUCUCUUGAAUGUAGCUGGUGUGGAAUACAUGAAGACUUUAUAACGCCGCGGAAGGAAAGAAAAACGGCUCAGAGAACAACUUUACGGAAGACUAAGGAGUUUAUUUAUUACUGUUUCCUUAUCAAGUACGUAUGAUAUUACCAUGUGUGUGGGGCGAGAGUCUUCGCCGCCCCUUUUAGACCAGAAUUAGUCAGUGUGGUCCCGGAGUAGAGGCUAAAUCAGUGUCUUCUCGAUCUCGCGCACGCUCCUCACCAUUCUUUUCCUUACCCCAGCGGUUAUUUAUUUCCAUGGAAUAACUGAAUCGGGAAACGACUGAACGACAAGGAGUUUUUUUUCCCACCGCCUGUAACUGACAGGCGGUUUAGGGUUGGCUCUUCUCCGGAGAAUGCUCAAUGAUCGAUGGGGAAUCAUGAACAGCUCACCGGAACUCGAAGACGGACAGCGGGGCAAAAACCAGACGUUCUGUGAGUGUGUGCCAAACUCCCCUCAGCUCAAACAUCGCUGGUCAGACUCAGACACAGUCAGACAAACAGCGCCCAAGAGGAUGAGUUGUAGCUAUCUGCUAUGUACCAUCUUGCUCUUCGUGGCCGUUCUGCUCGCAGUCACAGUGACAGGAACCAUUCUUCUUAUGAACCACUACCAGGCUCCCCCUAUGUCGGACGGCCCGCCCCAUAUUAGCACCAAUCAGGACGAAGCCAAUGCACUGGUGACAGUCGAGAGGGGUGAUGGAUCACGCAUCAAUAUCUUCAUCGACCCCAACUGUCCUGAUUAUAACAGUAACUUCCUGCGGCUGGAAGGUGUGCAGACGUCUUUGCUGCACUCGCUCACUGACCACGAUACGGAUCUCAAGUCUGUCAAAGGUCAGGAUCGAGCGCUAUUGGUCAACUUGGCAGAGGAAGUUGCUAAGCUGUCUGCUCAUGCGGGGCAGCUGAAGAUGGACUAUGAAUCUCUCAGAAGAGGACAAAGCAACCUGGGACAGGACCUGAAUACACUGCAGACUGAACAAAGCAGACUUAUACAGCUGUUAUCCGAGAGCCAGAUUAACAUGGUGAAGGUUGUCAACUCUGUGAGUGAUGCUCUGAACGCCAUGCAGAAAGAAACAGGAGGCUUGAAGGCCAGGGUGAAGGCUGACCUGCAGAGGGCGCCAGUCAGAGGAGUGCGCCUUAAAGGAUGUGCUAAUGGCUCUCGUCCGCGAGACUGCAGUGAUAUAUAUGCUAGUGGUCAGAGGGAAGAUGGCAUCUACUCUGUUUUUCCCACUCAUUACCCUGCCGGCUUUCAGGUCUACUGUGAUAUGAGCACAGAUGGAGGUGGCUGGACGGUGAUUCAGCGGAGAGAAGAUGGGUCUGUGAACUUCUUCAGGGAGUGGGACUCCUAUAGGGAAGGAUUUGGCAAAAUCACUGGAGAAUACUGGCUUGGGUUGAAACAGAUCCAUGCUCUCUCUAUCCAAGGAAACUAUGAACUGCGCAUUGAUCUGGAAGACUUUGAGAACAGCACAGCUUUUGCACAGUACGGUGUGUUUGGAGUUGGGCUGUUCUCUGUUGAUCCAGAGGAUGACGGGUACCCCCUCACCAUUGCUGAUUAUACUGGCACUGCAGGCGAUUCAUUACUAAAGCAUAACGGAAUGAAGUUCACAACUAAAGACAGAGACAACGAUCAUUCAGAGAAUAACUGCGCUUCUUUCUACCAUGGUGCCUGGUGGUACCGGAACUGCCACACCUCCAACCUGAACGGGCAAUACCUGCGCGGGCAGCACACCUCUUACGCCGACGGCAUCGAGUGGUCGUCCUGGACCGGCUGGCAGUACUCACUAAAAUUCACAGAAAUGAAGAUUCGACCAACACGCGAUGAGAGAGAGACCAAGUAAAUGUGUCGGAAUUAAUAUUUAAUUUCCGAGGAAGUGAAAAAAGUACAAAUAAAUGUUUUUAAGACUUCUAUAUGGGAUUUACAAUGUGAGAAACAACAUAAACAUUUGCUGUUGCUGAUCUAAAAAGAGAGUUUUCUGUUGUCCUGUUUAUUAAUUUGGCAGAAAAGUCACACUAUCGUGUGGCCUUGCUGUAACUCCUGCCCUCCAUUUGACAAUCUCUUCAUCAUCAGGCCUUGACGUCUCUUCACUCCCCAACGUGGGAUCUCAACUACAGUGAGUCACACUUCGGUUCUGAUGGAAAUGACACUGAGUCCAGCGUACUCAGCCACUGGUUAGGGAAUUCAUUAUGAGAAGACCAUGUACGACAAUGAAAUAUUAGAAUGGUUCCUUCUGUCAGCAUUCUCGCUCGUAUUACACAGUUAAUACUUUGAACACACAAGCCAAGGCCAAAUCUCCACUUAGUUUUCAUGUUUGAAGAAGAAAGCUAGCAUAAAAGGAGAAAGUGUGUAAAAUGGGGAGGGGAAUGAAAGCGAGAGGCAGUCUGGGAGGAGAUCAGUGCAAAGGUUUCUGUGGGAGUUUGUCUCUCAUCUGUCUGACAGGCCAUUAGUGAGCAUAUUGGCCACUUUGUUUGAUCGCCAUUGCCAAGUGAUCAUCAGCCAGACUCUUCAUCUCGCACAAACGCAGAUGGAGGCUGUUUAUGUGUGUGUGUGUUUGUGGAAGUGAGAUGAAAGGGAAAUGUGGUAUUGUCUCGUCUUUUUCCCGAGUGUGAAAUUCUGACUCAGCACAAGUUGGAGUGUGUUUUGGGGAAUCUCUUUUUCAGCCCGUUGAGUGUGUUUACCUAGCACUCAUAUACAUGUCAUUGUUCACGCAUGCCUUUAGACCCUGUGUCGUAAUGUUAAUUUAAAUGAGCCAUCCUGCCCUGUUUCAUGUGCGAAAGCUAACAUGUAUAUCAGCACAUUCACUGCCCUCUCUCUCUCUCUCUCUCUCUCUCUCUCUCUCUCUCUCUCUCUCUCUCUCUCUCUCUCUCUCUCUCUCUCUCUCUCUCUAGUUCACUCUCCAAAGGUCAGACAUCUAGAAUGAGAAUGCCGCUCUUCUUUCCCCUCAUGUUCAAGUGUCUGCCUUCAUCUCUUGCCCUUUCUUUUUUUUCCCUCCUGGUCUUCUUCUCAUUUGUUCUCACCUCUCAUUCCUUUGGUUUGUUUUCUUUGCUCUCCUGAGGAAGUGGAAAAGGUCAACGUGUCAUUUAGUACAAUUACGCAGCUCAUUGUUCUCUUUUCUUGCUCUUUUCUGACUUUUUCCUUUUCUCCUGCUUCUGUUCUUUCCAAUUCUGUUUCAUAAUCCAUCCUUGCUACCUACAGCUCUGAAAAAAAAAUCUGCCCAAAUUCUCGUUUUGAUCCUGGAUUUACUGGAUUAGGUGUGGGUUUAUGUAAAAUGUUAACAAAUCAUUUGAAUUUGAAAUGAAGGCAUUUUCAGUUGUUGUGAUUGAAAGCUUUUUUUUAACCAAAUAUUGAUUUCCUAACCUUUCUAAGGUAAAAUAUUGGUAUUGUUUUGUAUAAAAAAUAAGUACUUACACGUCUGAAAACAUGGCAGCUUUUUUAUGCUGUAAAUUAUGUUAAAAUUUAGACAUAUCUAAAUUUGGAAGAAAUGUGUUAUGACCUGUAGUUUUGUUUUGUUUUUUGGAUCAUUUUGAUCUCUGUGAUAUUUCAAAAUUAUUUUUUUCCCUCUCUGUCUUUCACUUUCUUCGUUCUAGAUGGGCAUGGUCAGUGAAUAUAACAUGGAUGUGGUGAUUGGUCCAGCAGCAUUACUCCAGAUGUAAAGGCCCUCUAAGCCUUCACUCUGUUGCCACUUUGUGCCAUCGCCGUUACUUGAAUUUAAAUCGUUUGCUAUAAUCAUAUUACUAUGUGUUGUUAAUUUGAUUGCUGGUUUGUGUUUCAAUUAGAAAGAUAUAGUUGUUCUAUUUGUUAGUUUUGAGAAUUCCCCGUUUUGACCUCUGCCUGUUUAAAGACCUUGAUUAAGAUUUGUGAUUCGGGAUUAUGCAUUACAUUAAGUUUAGGAAAACUUUGUUUUUGUCACUUCAAGAAAAGUAGAGAGGGCGACAUAGUAGCAGUGGGUAGCAUUGUCACCUCAUAGCAAGAAGGUUGCUAGUUCGAUCCUCAGCUGGGUCAGUUGAGGUUUCUAUGUGUAGUUUGCAUGUUUUCCACGUGUUCACAUAAGUUUUCACUGGGUGCUCCAGUUUCCCCAACAAGUACAAAAACAUGCACUAUUGGUGAAUUGGAUUAGUCAAAUUGUCCGUAGUGUAUGUGUGUAUGUUCUGGUCCGCCAGGUUGAAGGUUGAGCAUUGAGCUAAUGACCCACCUCGUAAAAAUUAGAUGUUACAAAACACCAACAUGAUGCGGCUAAAUAACAACUUCGAUAUAAAUGGCCUGAGCGA